AUGCGGCAUCCAUUGGAUGCAAGUAAAUUGGUCAGACCCCCGCGCGGGUCGCCUGCCGAACUACCCCGAAUUCAAUUCGACUUCUCAAACCCUGAAUUGAGAAAACGAGAGCUUGCAACGGCAGAGCAGCGCCGAAAAGAGGUCAAGCAAGCUUUCCAAAAGACUUGGGCUUCAUACGAACAGUUCGCAUGGGGACGCGAUGAACUCAAGCCAUUGAGCUUGACUGGUACUGAUACCUUUGGUGGGUGGGCCGCUACCAUCUGCGACAACCUCGACACGCUAUGGCUUCUGGGUAUGAAGCGAGAGUUUUACAAGGCUGUCGACUAUGUUUCCCGCAUGGACUGGGACUUGCCUACUAGUGACGGAUUCAACGUUUUCGAAACCACCAUCAGGCAUCUUGGCGGUUUACUCUCAGCGUAUGAGCUCAGCGGAGAGAGCGCCUUGCUGGCCAAGGCGAUUGAGAUAGGAGAUUUGCUGUAUGGCACAUUCGAUAACGCCGAACAUAUGCCACCGCAUACUAUCAGAUUCAGAGAUCUCAAGGAGGGAAGAGGCCACCCUGAGCCGCGACAGAGUGCUGCUAGUUUGGGCAGUAUGAGUAUGGAGUUUACUCGUCUUUCACAGCAGACGGGAAACCCCAAGUACUACGAUGCGAUUGACUUUAUCACCAGUGCAUUUGAGAGGACGCAGAAUGAGACCGCAAUUCCUGGACUAUGGCCAAUUCAGAUCAACGCGCAGGAUGGUUUCCGAGUUACUGACGACACGUUUGGCCUGGGCGCUAACGGCGACUCGCUUUACGAGUAUCUCAUCAAGCAAUACGUUCUUCUGCAGGGUCUCGAACCAAAGUAUGAGACGAUGUAUGUCAAGGCUGCCGAUGCUGCUAUUAAGCAUUUGAUGUUCCGACCAAUGUUGCCGGAAAAGGAGGACGUGCUUAUGCUAGGUGAAGCUGAUAUCGCUCCCCGAAGCAAAGAGAUCCGGUUAAAGACAGAUGUGGAACAUCUCACAUGUUUCGCAGGAGGCAUGUACGCCCUCGGAGGAAAGGCUCUGGGACGAGAUGACCACGUUAUCAUCGGCGAGAAACUCGCUCGAGGAUGCGCAAAAGCCUACUCCGCCUACCCAACAGGCCUCAUGCCCGAAAUCGUCCACGUUGAACGCUGUCCAACUCUCGAACCCUGCGACUUCAAUCCAAGCUCCCACAAAAAGCCCCUCGGUUUCCGCGCCAGAGACUCAACUUACCUCCUCCGCCCCGAGACCAUUGAGAGCAUCUUCUACCUCUACCGCAUCACCGGAAAAGAAGAGUUUCGCGACAUUGCGUGGAACAUGUGGACUUCUAUCCGCGCUGCUGCUGAGACGAAGGAGGCGUUUGCGGCGGUGGAGGAUGUCGGUGCUGAGGAGGUCAAGCUUAAGGACUAUAUGGAGAGUUUCUGGAUGGCAGAGACUUUGAAGUAUUUCUAUCUCAUUUUUGCGGAUGAGGAGGUCAUCAGUCUGGAUGAGUGGGUGUUUAACACGGAGGCUCACCCUUUGAGAAGGGGUGUGAAUUGA